AUGUAUGAAGAAGAUGAGGUACAACCCGAUUCUAAAUCUGAGCGCAACAGGAUGAUUACAGAGAGCACGAUGAUUGACGACGAAGAAGAACAACAAAGUUCAUCCAAGAGUUUGGCCAAACAAACCGAGGAGAGUUAUCAAUUACAACUCGCACUUGCCCUUCGUCUCACUUAUCGCCCUUCCUUUACAACGGAUCAUUCAUCUUCCUCGGCUCAGAGACUUUCCCAUCAUUUCUGGGUGAAUGGUUGUUUACAAUACUCUGACAAAAUUCUGGAUGGCUUUUACCUAAUCGAUGGGAUGGAUGCAUAUACAUGGAGCCUCAGUGCUGACCUGCCAAAUGUUGGUAUUAUUCCAUCAUUUGAAUCACUUAUGUCAGUUGAACCUGGUGAUGACUUGUCAAUUGUAGUGGUAGCUGUUGAUAAAUCUAGAGAUCCUGGCUUGAGAGAACUGCAAAAUAAGGUAGUAAGUCUUUCAAAUAACUGGAUCACCACCCAAGAGGCAACUCAUCAGCUUGCAAAUCUUGUGUGCAAAAGGAUGGGGGGAGGAUCUUUGUCGGAGGAAAAUUUAUUUAACCACUGGAAGGAAUGCACCCAAGUUCUUAAGAGCUGUAUGAACUCUAUCAUUUUUCCAAUUGGAAGCUUAGCCAUUGGUCUUUGUGUCCAUCGAGCAUUGCUUUUUAAAGUGUUGGCUGACUUAAUCAAUCUACCAUGCCGAAUUGCAAAAGGUUGCAAGUAUUGUAGGAAGGAUGUGGGAGCCUCAUGCAUAGUGCAGUUUGGUUCUGACAGGGAGUAUUUGAUUGAUUUAAUUGGAAGGCCCGGAGCAACGUGCCAACCUGAUUCUUCUCUGAAUCCUGCAUCUUCAAUGUUGGUUGCUUCACCAUUAUGUCAUCCAAAGUUCAAGACAGUUGACUCAGCUGCAUAUACAAAGACACUAGCCCAAUUGUAUUUCUUGGACAGUCAAGCACUGCAUCUUGUAUUUGAUAGUACAACAUCGUCAGGAUCUUCUGUUAAUCACAAUGACACAAUGGAUCCUCGGCGAACUGAAGCUCUGGGUGCAAAUUAUGCUGGUGGAAGCAGCCAUCUGAUUGCUUCGAAGGAAUAUGGGUCUUUCGAUGAAGAAGACCAGCCAAGUAUGGAUUAUCCAAGUCAUGAAGUUGAUCUCGACGAAGAGGAUCUGGAUAUUCCAUGGAGUGAACUUAUUUUGAAGGAAAAUAUUGGGACAGGGUCGUUUGGAACUGUCCUUCGUGCAGACUGGCGUGGUUCAGAGAUGAUUGGUGCCCCUGACGUCCUAAUCGACAAGGCCAUAACAGAAACAAGAUUGUAUGACAAAUUACGGACACAUGGGAUAUCUUUAAGAGUUAAAGGA